AUGUCUAGAAACUACGUACAAGCUAACGGCAGUAAUGGACAAAACGAAGGCAGCGAAGAGGAUGAUAAAAGUGAUGUGUUUGGAUAUCCAAACCACGUGCAGCACGACACACCUGGUAGUUUCAGCAAAAAUGCUCUUCGGCGACGUAGCCGUUUAUAUGUUCACCGGCAAUGCCGCAUUAUCGUAAGAAAUCUGUCUUACAAAAUAACUGAUCAAAAACUGCGCAGUGAGUUUAAGCAAUAUGGUGAACUAGAAGAAGUGAAUAUUCUCAAACGACCCGAUGGAAAGUUAGUCGGGUGCGCGUUUCUGCAGUUUUCAAAUAAGGAAGAAUCUGAUCAAGCAAUUGAAAAGAUGAAUAAUCAGAUGUUUAUGGGGAGAAAGAUUCAGGUGCACUAUGCUCUAGAUAAACUUGAUUUCUCUAAAAUGAAAACGAAACAGGAAAUCAAAAAGGAAGAAAUAAAACAGGAGGAUUCUCAAAUGGAGGAAGAUGAUGAAGUCCAAAUUAAGGAAGAAUCUGAAGACGACGAUGGUAGUGAUGAGGAUGAUCAAAAUGAGGAUGAGAGAGAUGAUGAUGAUGAUGAUGAAGAAAACGACGAUGACAGUAAUGCAACUGAUGAUUCGGACGAUGAAAAACCCAUAAUCAAAAAAGAGAAUAAGAACGAGAUUGAGGAAGGUCGUACUGUGUUUCUUAAAAAUGUACCGUACGACGUUAAAGCUGAUGAGCUAAAACAACUAAUGUCUCAGUUUGGUAUGGUUGCACAAGUGUUAAUUAACAAAGAGCGCAUAUCUGGACAUUCGAAAGGUACGGCGUUUGUCAUUUUCAAGUUAAAAGACUCUGCUGAGCUCAGUUGCCGCCAGAACCUGAAGCUACAGCUACAUGAGCAGUUUUUGGAGAUUCUGCCAGCCCUACGCAAGAAAGACAUUAAGGAACGCGAGAAAGCAAAGGAGGAAAAGCGUGCGAAAGAUUCACGAAAUCUGUAUCUUCUAAAGGAGGGGUUAAUCAUGGCAGGAUCUCCUGCGGCUAAAGACGUAUCCAAGGCGGACAUGGCUCAACGUUUACGCUUGGAGCAGCGGACAAAUGAGAUGCUUAAAAACUACAAUCGCUUUGUCGCACGCGAGCGUCUUACAAUACACAACAUCCCAGAUAAUUACUCGAACGAGGAAUUGCGAAAAACAGUCAUCAAAUUCACUUCGCAGAGGCCAAAGGAAUGUCGCGUGAUGAGAGACACUCGACCGUCAUUUGGCAAUCCAGUAGGACGAUCCCGUGGAUAUGGAUUUCUUUCCUUUGCGCGUCACGAAACAGCUCUAGAAGUGUUGCGAAAGCUUAACAAUAAUCCGGCAGUGUUCGGCAAAAACUCGCGCCCCAUCGUGUCAUUUAGCAUCGAAGAUCGUAACGUGUACAACAUCAGACAGAAACGAUUGGAAAAGUCGCGUCUAAAUAACCCCACCUACCAGAAGAAAAUGGAAGAGCUAAAAAUGAAAAAGCUGAAAAAACUGCAAAUUCGCAAGGAAGCAAGACGGCAAGAAAUGGAACAGUUAGCCGUGGCCCCUGGUGCCCUGCUGCAAAAACUCAACCUCAAGACGAAAGAUGUAGAUAUGGUGCCUAAGAAAAAGCAACGCAAACGUGACAUUGAACACAUGGUAACAUCGUACACGGGGGAGUUGUCGAAGGAAGGAAGGGCGGGGAUACGAUCGAACCGCAAAAUCGCGUACCAGGCUGAUGCACAUAUGAAGCGCAUUAAGCAGGAGAAGAAGGAACAGAAAAAGAAAAAGCUUAAACAGGAGCAGGCAAAAAAUCGAAAAGAAAAGGUCGCCGGCAGAGUCAAACCCAAAUUAAAUCUUAAAGAACUCAAAAAAGAGGAUGCCUUUUUCAAGCAAACGGUUGGAAAGUAUAAGGAAAUGAUAAACCAUGUAACAAAACAACCGACCAGAAGCAAAUGGUACACUGAGUAG